CUUAUCUCCAUAUCUCAUUUGAAGCCAUCCCACCUUGAUCAACCCCUCAAAAUGAGCCAUGCACCAAAGCGACCAAGGAUUGGCGAGCGAACGAUGCUGGCUUGCAUCGGAUGCAAGCAGAAGAAGUUAAAGUGCGAUGGGCAAUUACCGAAAUGCAAUCAUUGCGUACGGACUGGACGAGAAUGCCUUGUGGAAGACCCUGCAACAGGACUUCAUCGCCCGCGUAACUAUAUGCAGUCCCUUGAAUCAAGGGUAGUCUACUUGGAAGCUCUUCUUCGAGAAGUCCAUCCCGAUAUAGCCCUGGGGCAGAACGAUCAGAACGGGCCUGGCAAUGUGGACUCAGGUGCUUCUUUUGUUCUAUCAACCUCGCCUCAGACAACCGAUGCCUCAAGCUUCAACCAGUUGGCAAACGAUGGUGACAAUGGCCAGGUCGACCAUCUCUCUUCUGAGGUUGCUCUCCUGUGUCUGAAUGCCGCUGGUGGCGAACCACAUUAUUUCGGACCUUCGUCGGCCGUAUCAUUCUCGCGGAUUGUAAGCGCAACAAUGGGCCUCAAAGGUGAAGGCUCAUCUUGUUCUCCGCGUGAUUUCGAAGAAAGUCAGGAGGUUGCGCCUACUAUACGUUCAACUCGAGUACCACGACUGCCAUCACCAAGUGUCUCGGCUAAUCUAUCGCGGGCUUAUUUCAACAAUAUCCAUCCACAGUACCCUUUUUUGCACAGACCAACAUUUCUCAAAUGGGAACAGGAUAUUUGUGACGUGAACCAGUCAGGGGACACUUCCGCCGCUGGUGAGAUUCCACUCUUCUUUGUCCUAAUGGUAUAUGCUACUGGCUCUCUUGCAUUAAGUCAAAGUCAGCACGGUGCUGCGGCUAUGUACUAUUCCUUGGCUUUGGAUUACCUGCCUUCCGUCCUUGCGCUGAAUAACCUGGAAUCAAUCCAAGCCAUACUAUGUUGUGCAAUGUACUCGAUCCGAUCACCCAUUGGGGCCAGUCUUUGGAAAAUAUCUGGGAUGGCAAUCCGCCAUUGUAUCGAGCUAGGAUACCACAGGAGUGCAGAGAGAUAUCGCAGGCAUGUUGAUCCUCUAACAAAAGAGAUGUCCAAAAGGUGCUUUUGGGUUGCAUAUGAUAUCGAUCGUGUCGCUGCCUUCAUCCUGGGGCGGCCGGUGGGUAUCCCAGAUGAGUUGAUCGACGCAGAGCUUCCAAUGGAUAUUGAAGAUGAGAGCAUUACCCACCACGGUAUACUGACAAAUCCUCGUGCUGCUGACGACCAGGUGCCAACAAUAAUGACGGGUACCCUGCAUAGCAUCAAGCUGAGACAGCUAUGGGCAAAAUUCCAUGCCAAUCUCUACUCGCCUCUGCCGCAACACCACAAUCCCGGUAGACAAGUCGCUACUGUUGACAGUCUCCGCCAAGAACUGGAAGAUUGGCAUGCAUCAGCUCCUACUCACCUUGACUAUUCGUCCUCUCAUCCUCUAUCGGUAUUUGCUUCAGAUGAAUGGUUCCAAAUUGCUUACGACCAUUCAAUCCUCAUUCUCUAUCGCUUAUACAUUACUGGGAUUCUCGGUAAACGGCGACAAGGGGGCACUCAACACGAAAUAAACAAUAUCGACUCCCUUGAAGAGGAAGAGGACCUCCAAAAAGCAUUCGAGAACUGCUCCCGCUGCGCUCGUGAUAUAUGCGUGCUAUAUCGUCGACUCUACCAGAAAUCCACUGUUCAAUUUACUUGGGGGAGUCUACAUAUCUUAUUCCUUGGCGGCUUGACAUAUUUGUAUUGUCUGUGGCGAUCAUGGCGAGUACGCCAGCAGACGAAACAGAGCGAAGUGAUAAACACAUGCAUGGCCUGCACAACAGUGUUGGUUAUUAUAGCUGAGCGGUGGAAUCUGGCGACAUCAUAUCGCGACAUUUUCGAAGCCCUUUCCGAAAGAACCAUCAACAUGAUCUGUGGUAUUGGAAAUUCUGCUAGGCCGGUGCCCGCACAAUCACAAUGGACUUCCCCGGGUGACAACCUUCCCCCAGGGCUCUCCCCAAGGGAUUGGAGUUUGGGAUUCGACGAUCUAGCUAUGCCUCAAGGAUCAGACUGGCUUAUUCAGGAACUUUUACAAGAAUUUCCUGAACUUCCGCCGGAUGAGACCAUAAUUGGCCCAACAGAAAAUACCUCUCGUGCUCCAACAUUCUGAGUCCCAUUCAGAUAUCAUGAUCAAUUAUAACGAGGACUCUGAUGUGACGCUCUUUCUAAUGCGCCUCUAAGUCAUCCGAAUCUUCCUUUAUACACCUCGUGAAACCCACAC